UGCAAAACUGUUUACUUGAGGCUGUAGUGUCAGCUAAAGCUGUAAGACUGUAUGGGUGCGAACUUGAUUGUACGGGAGAGAAUGGCUGGGAGACCAAACCAGUGACCGAGACCAAAGAUACAAGAAGGUGCAAUUGUGUGUAUGAAAGCAGGCGUGAGAGACUGCAGCAAAGACUGAGAAAAACGAAUGGCUGUGACUGGGAGAGUGUGACAGGCUGUGUGUGUGUGUGUGUGUGUGUGUACACCUGAAACUAGUUGCAAAUCGAUUUACCAUUACUACCACAGUCUAUCCCACAGGUUCAGGGACUGUGAGAAAGUGGGAGAGAAAAUGACGGUGAGCCGGACGGAGUCACUGACAUGGUGUGAGAGACCAUGUCACUGGGCAUGCAAGGGAGAGGGACAAGGAACUGUUCAUGAGAGACUUGGCAGUAGCAGUAACUGGAAGUCAGAAACUGUGGGAGAGGAACUUGACAACUGAGUGAUGUCAGAGCACCAGGGGGUCUGUGAAACAGUUCAUAAGAAACCAUAAAUCAGGGGCCAUACAAAAGAGCUGAGCAAAUGAGACAUGCCAAGUGACCACGUGACGGUGUGUGAGAAACUUGUAAAGCUGUGCACGUGCGUCCGUGAUGAGCUGACCAUAUGAAGAAAAUGAUGGUGUGCACGACUGAGACAGGGCAUGGGUGACUGUGGGUGACUUAUCGAGGGCCUAGUGGUGAUUGUGAAAUACUGACCGAGUAUAUCAGAAGCUGACUGAGGGACAGUGAUGACUGAGACAGUGGCUGAGAAACGGAUUGUGUGUCCAUGGGUAAAACCCUUUGCAAGAGACUUUAUGAAAGGCUGUAAAUCAAGGACUGAGGGUACUGGAAGCUGAUUGAGAAGAAACGUGAGACUAGGUGACGACAGUGUCUGAGAUACUGUGUCAUUGUGUAUGCGUGUGAAUGUCUUUGUGGGAGAGGCUGUAAUCAGGGAUCGUGGGUGUGUGAAAAAGUGGCUUGAGUGAGAAAGGGGUAGGAGAGGUGAUUUUUGUGCAUGUGUGGGAAACUUCAUGAGAGACUAGUUAGUGGUGACUAUAAAUCAGUGACUAUUUGUGUAUGUGAGAAAGUAACAGGCCAAAUGAGUGGCUAAACGUUUCAUGAGAUUGUGUGACUGCACGUGUAUGUAAGGAACUGACUGGUGAGAGAAAAUAUUGGCAAUAUUGACUGAAUGAGACAGGCUGUUAAACAUGAUUGUGUGUGUGAAACUGUUAGGAGACUGUAGUAAGGCUGGAAUCCAUGACACAGAAAAUGACUAUGAGUGACAGAAUGUCUGAGAGGCUGUGUGAUUAAGAGAAUAUAGUAGAGGCUGUAAAUCCGGGCUGGGUGCGGUGGCUCAUGCUUGUAAUCCCAGCACUUUGGGAGGCCAAGGUGGGAGGAUCACUUGAGGCCAGGAGCUUGAGACCAGCCUGGGCCACAUGGUGAGACCCCGUCGCUACUAAAAAUUUAAAAAAUUAGCAUAACGUAGUGUUGUGCACCUGUAAUCCCAGCUACAUGGGAGGCUGACGUGGGAGGACUACUUGAGGCCAGGAUUUUGAGUUUGAGACCAACCUGGGCAACAUAGAAGGACCCUGCUGCUACCAAAACAAAAAACAAAAUUACCCAGGUAUAGUGGUGCAUGCCUGUAGUCCCAGCUACUGAGGACACUGAGGUGGGAGGAUCGCUUCAGCCCAGGAGUUUGAGUUUGAGACCAGCCUGGGCAAUGUGGCAAAACCCUGUCUCUCCAAAUAAUUUAAAAAAUUAGCCAGGUGUGGCGUGUGCCUGUAGUCCCAGUUACUCGGGAGGCUGAGGUGGGAGGAUGGUUUGAGCCCAGGAGGUUGAGGCUGUAGUCUGCGAUCACGCCACUGCACUCCAGCCUGGGUAACAGAACCAGACCCUGUCUCAAAAAGAAAAGAAAACAAAGAAAAGAAAAACAGAACUGUGUAGAUAGGUUUAAAAAAAAAAAGAGAGAGAGAGAAAAUAACAGACCAAAUGAGACUGUGUGAGAGGUCUAAUGCCCUGCAGACCCUCGAAUGUUCCAGGCCCUGGAGAAAAACCCUCUUCUGUUUUUCCUGUUCCUCCACAGGCCCCUCCUGCUCAGUCUGCUGGGCUGGCUUCUCCUACUUCUCUAAAACUUGAAAUGCUGGGGUUCCCCAGGGCAAAGCCCUGGGAUUCCCUUCUCUCUUCUCACGCAUCCUCUCUAGGUCAUCUUAUCCAGGUCUUCACACUUGAAAUACUACUUAUCCUCCAUGGGAUGCCCACAUUUUUACCUCUAACUCAGACUGUCCUUCUGGCAUUUUAUCAGAAUCUCUAAAGUUUUGUUUAUUUCAUUGAUUGAUUCAUUUAGCAGAUGUUUAUUGAGCAUCCACUGUUUCCUGGUGCCUAUCUAAUGCCCUGCAGACCCAGCAGUUAACAAGCCAGACAAAAAUUCCUGCCCUUGUGGAACUGAUAUUUAGGGAGUGAGAAUAACAAGAAGCAGGCAAAUACAUAGUAGCAGGUAGGGAUGUAAUAAUUAAAUAAGACAAGACUCUCACUCUUUGUUUAAGGAAUCUGCAGUCAUUUUAUUGCCUAAAUGUGUGGGAAAAGAUAGAGUGCUGACAGUCCUCUUCCACAGGGAAUCCUAUGAGUAUUUAUACAGUUUAGAAACAAAGGAAAUAUUGUUAAUAUUAUUACCAGGGCAACAGGUGGUUAAAUAAAGCAGCCAGCCAGAAUUUCAGGUUUCUUUCUUUCUUUUUUUUUUUUUCUUUUGGAGGGGGGGACAGAGUCUCACUCUGUCGCCCAGGCUGGAGUGCAGUGGCACGAUCUCAGCUCACUACAGCCUCUGCCUCCCGAGUUCAAGCGAUUCUCCUGCCUCAGCCUCCCAAGUAGCUGGGAUUACAGGCAUCCGCCACCACGCCUGGCUAAUUUUUGUAUUUUUAGUAGAGACGGCGUUUCACCAUGUUGACCAGGCUGGUCUCGAACUCCUGACGUCAGGUGAUCCACCUGCCUCAAUCUCCCAAAGUGUUGGGAUUACAGGCGUGAGCCACCAUGCCCGGCCAAUUUCAGGUCUCUUGGAGAGUAUUUUCACAGGAUAACACAGCAAUGAUUGUCUUGAAGUCGUAGAAUCUUAAUAAGACUCCUUUGUUCAAAGCACAUUUUCAAGGAUAGCCUUAUGUUAUCAGAGAACAGAGUAUGUCUGUAAUGGAUACAGAUAUUAACACAUACUUUACUGCCCAUAAAACAAGUGUUCCUGAAGAACUUCUGUUUUAACAGCUGACCAAAUUAUUACAUUUGAAUUUGCAGAAUGGUGUCUCUCCCUGCCUCCCUGAGAGCAGAGGAAAUUAGGCAUUGCCUUCCUAUCUUUCUUGUGCUUCUUUUUGUUAAUUAAAAGCAAAAUAAAAAAUUUAAAGUGGGCCCUGGAGUUUCAUUAGGGUUUAUAAAAAAAAAUAAAAAAAUAAAAAAAAAAGAAGGGCUGGUGUGAUGGCUCAUGCCUGUAAUCCCAGCACUUUGGGAGGCUGAGGUUGGGAGAAAAUAUUGAAGCCAGGAGUUUGAGACCAGCCUGGGCAACACAACGAGACCCCAUCUAUACAGAAAAUAAAAACAUUAGUUGUGUGGUGGUGUGUGCCUGUAGUCCCAGCUACUUGGGGACGCUAAGGUGGGAAAAUCACUUGAGCCCAGGAGUUUGAGGCUGCAAUGAGCUAUGAUCAGACCACUGCACUCCAGCCCAGGUGACAGCAAGACUCUGUCUCUUUAAAACAAAACAAAAAAAACAGGUUUGGAAGCUACUGGGCUAGAGAGUGACAGGGAUGCCAGACAAGGGUAUGGGGAAGGCCUCUGUGAGGAGGGGCAACAUUUAUUAUCCAUCUUCUCAAGGGCCAGGAUUUUUUUCUGUCCUAUUCUCUGCUCUAAUGCUAAGAACCGCAUCUGGCAUCCAGUAGGUGCUCAAUAAAUGUUGAAUAAAUUUAUCAAACACAGAGCACCUACUAUAUGCCAGCCACCGUUCUAAAGACUUUCCAAAAGCUUAACUCCUGGCCGGGCACGGUGACUCACGCCUGUAAUCCUAGCACUUUGGGAGGCUAAGGCAGGUGGAUAACCUGAGGUCAGGAGUUCGAGACCAGCCUGGCCAACAUGGUGAGACCCUGUCUCCACUAAAAAUACAAAAAUUAGCUGGACAUGGUGGUACACAGCUAUAAUCCCAGCUACUCAGGAGGCUGAGGCAGGAGAAUUGGUUGAAAUCGGGAGGCAGAGGUUGCAGUGAGCCGAGAUCGUGACACUGCACACCAGCCUGGGCGACAGAGUGAGACUCCAUCUCGACAAAACAAACAAAAGCUUAACUCGCAAUCUUUGCAACACACCCUACCUAUGUUGUAGGUGCUGUCUGUGAGCACAUUUUACAGAGGGGAAACAGGCUCCAGAAGGGGGGUGUUAUCUGCCCGAGGGUUCUCUGAUGGAAUAUGGCCCAGCUUAUUCCCUCCUAAUCACCCCAGACCCUGGUGUUGUCCCCAGCUGGGCCCAUGGAACAAUGGAUAGACCCCAUUCCCCUCCUGAAUCCCUCCCCAGGCUCCUGCCACUUCCCUUUCUCACUUCCCUUGUGCUGACCUCCCCGACCACAAGCUGACCACAGGGAACCUCUCAGGAAAGGAGGGCCGAGGUUAAGGGAGGGUGGAAGGUGGAGCAACUGCCUCGAUGCUCCCUUCACCCCCACGAGCAGGAACAUACUGAGCACGGCACACUCACUUCACCCUGGUUCAACACCCCCACGAGGUUGACCCUGUCAUUAUGUUAGAGAUUAUGCAUUUUCCACAUAGGGAAACUGAGGCUCAGGGGUGUUAAGUGACUCACCCAAGGUCACACGGCUAGGAAGUUGCUGCACGCUCCUAUGCUCCAUUUCCUCUGGGUGAGAAUUUGUCCUAGGAGCUUCUAUUGAACACUGUGAGGUUGCUGGGAGGAGCGCGAGGUGCUGGGGAUACAGUAACAAACAGAACAAGACCAAGAGUAAGACAGGAAAUGGGGAGGGGAGAGUAGAGAAGGAGGCAGAGGGGACAGGGUGGGGUCAAAGCAGGAUGCCCUCCCAGUUCCUCCUGCCUCUAGGUUCCUCUUUCCCUGCUGAUUCCAGGAGCCUAUCAACCCAGAUAAAGCGGGACCUCCUCUCUGGUAGAGGUGCAGGGGGCAGUACUCAACAUGAUCACAGAGGGAGCGCAGGCCCCUCGAUUGUUGCUGCCGCCGCUGCUCCUGCUGCUCACCCUGCCAGCCACAGGCUCAGACCCCGUGCUCUGCUUCACCCAGUAUGAAGAAUCCUCCGGCAAGUGCAAGGGCCUCCUGGGGGGUGGUGUCAGCGUGGAAGACUGCUGUCUCAACACUGCCUUUGCCUACCAGAAACGUAGUGGUGGGCUCUGUCAGCCUUGCAGGUCCCCACGAUGGUCCCUGUGGUCCACAUGGGCCCCCUGUUCGGUGACGUGCUCUGAGGGCUCCCAGCUGCGGUACCGGCGCUGUGUGGGCUGGAAUGGGCAGUGCUCUGAAAAGGUGGCACCUGGGACCCUGGAGUGGCAGCUCCAGGCCUGUGAGGACCAGCAGUGCUGUCCUGAGAUGGGCGGCUGGUCUGGCUGGGGGCCCUGGGAGCCUUGCUCUGUCACCUGCUCCAAAGGGACCCGGACCCGCAGGCGAGCCUGUAAUCACCCUGCUCCCAAGUGUGGGGGCCACUGCCCAGGACAGGCACAGGAAUCAGAGGCCUGUGACACCCAGCAGGUCUGCCCCACACACGGGGCCUGGGCCACCUGGGGCCCCUGGACCCCCUGCUCAGCCUCCUGCCACGGUGGACCCCACGAACCUAAGGAGACACGAAGCCGCAAGUGUUCUGCACCUGAGCCCUCCCAGAAGCCUCCUGGGAAGCCCUGCCCGGGGCUAGCCUACGAGCAGCGGAGGUGCACCGGCCUGCCACCCUGCCCAGUGGCUGGGGGCUGGGGGCCUUGGAGCCCUGUGAGCCCCUGCCCUGUGACCUGUGGCCUGGGCCAGACCAUGGAACAACGGACGUGCGAUCACCCUGUGCCCCAGCAUGGGGGCCCCUUCUGUGCUGGCGAUGCCACCCGGACCCACAUCUGCAACACAGCUGUGCCCUGCCCUGUGGAUGGAGAGUGGGACUCGUGGGGGGAGUGGAGCCCCUGUAUCCGACGGAACAUGAAGUCCAUCAGCUGUCAAGAAAUCCCGGGCCAGCAGUCACGCGGGAGGACCUGCAGGGGCCGCAAGUUUGACGGACAUCGAUGUGCCGGGCAACAGCAGGAUAUCCGGCACUGCUACAGCAUCCAGCACUGCCCCUUGAAAGGAUCAUGGUCAGAGUGGAGUACCUGGGGGCUGUGCAUGCCCCCCUGUGGACCUAAUCCUACCCGUGCCCGCCAGCGCCUCUGCACACCCUUGCUCCCCAAGUACCCGCCCACCGUUUCCAUGGUCGAAGGUCAGGGCGAGAAGAACGUGACCUUCUGGGGGAGACCGCUGCCACGGUGUGAGGAGCUACAAGGGCAGAAGCUGGUGGUGGAGGAGAAACGACCAUGUCUACACGUGCCUGCUUGCAAAGACCCUGAGGAAGAGAAACUCUAACACUUCUCUCCUCCACUCUGAGCCCCCUGACCUUCCAAACCUCAAUAAACUAGCCUCUUCGA